GCAGAGAAUGGAAUCGAAGCCUUCCAGGAUUCCACGGAGGGUGUCCACUCAGCCAUUGAAUUCUCAAAGCACCAGGACAGGAGCUGGAAGUGGAGGAACCAGUUUUACUGACUCGCAUCGUACAAGAGACUCUUUGCUGAGACUGGAACCUGCAUGCCAGGAAUCCAGCCGGUUGCAUAGUUCCAGUAGAGACUGGGCAGUUGGAGAAAGAGAAGCCUAUGAAAGCCCCUGGAAGCUUCCAACUUCUUCUCCAACUCGCUAUUCAGGAACACUUGACCGUCCGUGGUCUGGAAGAUUUUUGGGAAGCAGAAACAGAUUGCCUGCAUCAUCGUCUUCUCCUCUUGCCUCUUCUUGGUUUGGUGAAUCUGAAAGAACUCAGGGAGCAUUUUCUUCAAGGCUGCAUAACCAGCAACAGGACAGCGAUUCUAAGAGACCUAAACUUUCUUAUACGUCUACCUCUGGUGUGAGAAGUAGUGGUUUAAACUCAGUUUCAGAUUCCCCAUGGAGGUACAGCAGUGUGCCCAGAUCUUCAACUAUGGUACUUGGAUCAUUAGGAACUGAACUUGUGAGAGAGAGGAGAGAGCUAGAAAGAGCAGACCCAUCCAUUGGCAGUAUUGUGGAUUACAGUCACAGGAAUGGUGACUUCCCGUCGUCUUCAUCGUAUCUUCAGGAAAGAUCAUCUGCUUCGUAUGCACAAGGAGCAAGACCAAAAGACAACUCAUUAAGCUCUUUGAGGUUGAACACAUCCAUGAACCGCCAGUUGCCUUCUGAACAUCAAUCAUCAUUACUCUCUAGAGACCAUGGCUGGAGUCCAAGAUCUAACUAUGUCCCAAGAGAAGUAGAAUCUUCAGAAAGGAAUAUACAGCCAGAGUUUACCCAUGGUGCCAUGAGAAGUGGAGCCACUUCCUCUAGCGGUUCUGAAAGGAUCACACAGUCCCAAAGGUCACUAAGUGAACCUCCUGGAGAUACUGAAGGAAGGCGAACAACUAGGCAAUUGCUGUCUCGUUUAGCUUCUAGUAUGUCCUCCACAUUUUUCUCAAGAAGGUCUAGUCAAGAUUCUUUGACUUCCAGACAGUUAGGUCCUGAAGAUUCAUCGGUUAACACAGCUGAAAGUACAGAAGCUCAGACUCCUGAUGUUUCUCAGGGAUUUAGCUUUCUUAGAAGACGGUGGGGCCUGUCGGGUGUUUCUCCAAAUCCCAGCCCCGAUUCAGAAGCUGAGAGUUACAGACAUGAGUCUGAAAGUAGAAAUGCAGGAUCCUGGCUGUCAUCGUCUCUAAGGAAUAGGUGUACACCUUUGUUUUCCAGAAGGAGGAGAGAAGGAAGAGAUGAAACUGCAAGAACCUCUACCUCUGAAACACUGGCUAGAUCACUGCAUCUUUUUAGGAGAAGAGAAUCAGGUGGUGAAACAGCUCUUGAAGCACAACGUGAUUCCCUCAGACCUCCUGUGAGGUCACCAACACCUGCAGUACCAAACAGUGCGACAUCCACCCCUUUGCUGGAUUCAGGGCACAGCAGAAGAAAUUCAGGAAUGUCGGGAAUACUUCCUGGUUCUUUCUUUCGGUUUGCAGUGCCACCAACGCUGGACAGCAACUUAUCUGACAAUGUUAUGAUAACUGUGGACAUUAUUCCAUCUGGCUGGAAUCAGUCUGAUGGGCAAGAUAAUGACAAGUCCAAAGUACCUUCCUCAAGAGAUCCUGAAAGGCUUCAGAAGAUUAAAGAGAGUCUUCUUUCAGAGGAUUCUGAAGAGGAGGAGGGAGACUUGUGCAGAAUAUGUCAGAUGUCAUCUACAUCCCCUACUAACCCUUUAAUAGAACCAUGCAAAUGCACAGGAAGUCUACGGUAUGUUCAUCAGGAGUGUAUGAAGAAGUGGCUACAGUCCAAGAUUAACUCUGGUUCUUCAUUGGAAGCAGUAACUACUUGUGAACUGUGCAAAGAGAAGUUGCAUCUCAAUCUUGAUGAUUUUGAUAUCCAUGAACUUCAUAGAGCACAUGCAAAUGAACAAGCAGACUAUGAGUUUAUCAGUUCCGGGCUUUAUCUUGUAGUGUUGUUACACUUGUGCGAACAGCGCUUUUCCGACAUGCUGGGAACUACAAGCGAGGCCAACACUCGCGUCCGGCAGCUUCAGAUGAUGAUUCUGAAGAUGGCGAUCUUGGUAGAACACUUGAUACUGCAUAGAUGCAACCGGAAGCUGGAUGGGCAACUGAUCCCCCCUGCACCCAUCAGUAUGCAUUUCUUUAGUAAGGCACACUGACUACUGUUAGAGAUUUCUUAAUGCAUUGCUGAAUUCAGAAACCCGCUGUUG